UAUAGCGCUAUACACGCCAGAUCUGUACACACCGCAAUAUAUCUUAUAAUUGUGAACUUCUAAGAAGCAUAUUACCAGCAUGAAGUGGCUGUUGGGUUUAGCUGUAGUGCUCGUGGCUCUAAGGGUUAGCAAAGCUAUUGUCUGCACCCCGAUGCUGUGUGAAGGAGUUGAGCAGGAGCCUUUGAACUGCGCAGGAUCCGUCAUCAAAGGCGGGGGAUUCUGCGGUUGUACGGAUAUCUGCGCCAAGCAAGAGGGAGAAUCUUGCGGCCAUAUGGACUUGACGGUCUCGUUCGGCAAAUGCGAAGGCGGCUUGUCGUGUGUUCCUCAGCACAACAUGAUGAUUGGAAUGGGAGUCUGCAAAUCGGCUUCCAGGCGAGUUAUCCGUGAGGCCGUGAACAAGAAAUCCUGUAAGACGGACAGGAUGCACAAACUGAUGAUGAUGAUAGUGUAUCAGGGUCAGUGGAUUCCCCAGUGUGAAGCGGACGACAGCUACUCAAGACAACAAUGUAACAAUAUCGGCCAAUGUUUCUGUGUGGACACACAGACUGGAGAAGUGGAUAAGGGCACAUUCAGAGAAGGAAAGGCUGACUGUUGAACUCACUUGCCCUAAUCUUCGCAAUUCUGUCACAUGUGAAAGGUGCCAAUAAAUCAGGAAACUCCAAGA